AUGUUGAAAGAAUUUAAUUCUCAAAUUAUUCCAUACAAUAAGCAAUUUAAAUUACCCCCUAAACCAGUCACAAAAUAUCCAAGAUCUUAUAUAACAAUAUAUGGAUUAUCAAGUUUAAUUCCAAAACAUGUAUUAAUUGAAAUUUUCGGAAAAUUAAGUCAUUUAAUUUCUUAUGAUUUUGCACCUAUUGGUAUUAAUACAAAAUAUCAUGUUAUAAAAUUACAAUAUUCAAGAUUUAUUAUGGAUGAACCAAGUUUAAUUAAUGUUAUAUAUAUUAUUUUCAAAAAAUGGAAAAUUAAAAUUAAAGUUACUAUACCUUUAUCAAAUAAUCAAUCAAGAUCAGAAACUGACAAAAGUAUAAAACAAAAACAUGAUAAAAAAUUCAAUAAGAAGAAAAAAAGCUAA